AUGCCUAUAACAGAUUUUUUUAGUGGACAUUUAUUUUGCACACCUCUAAAACACAUGCUCUGGCCAUUCUUGUUAAAGAAUGAGAAUCAAUUGAAUCAAUUGCAUUUGGGAGGGUAUCAAUUGCAUUUGGGAGGGUAUAAUGGGUUUGAGAAAUCAUUAUUCUUUAUCAGGUAA